AUGGGUGCACAAAAAUCGAAAGAAAAUGUUACAACAACAUCAAAAUCAACAGCAUUAUCAGAUAUUUGCCAAUCACGACAACGUAUCGCACAAAACUACCUUCUCAUCUGGGUAGAUGCCAGCAUCGACCAAGCAGCCAAAGACUGCCAGAAUACACUGGCUCAAUUGAAGAACGUGGUCAACGAUGUCAAUCUAUGCACGGAACCGAAUCAGUGCAUCCAAGCACUCAACCAGGUGGACAAGGAACGAGCUUUUGUCAUAACAUCAGGUUCAUUAGGCCAACAUCUGGUUCCUGAAAUUCAUGACAUGCCCCAAUUAGAUAUCAUUUACAUCUUCUGUGGCGACAAAUCCAAACAUGAGGGAUGGACUCAAAACUGGACAAAAAUUAAAGGUGUCCAUACAAAUAUCAAAGAAAUAUGUCAAGCAUUGCAAUUGGCUGUUAAACAAUGUGACCAGGACACAAUAGCUGUAAGUUUUCUUACGGUAAAUGACAUGGCUUCACUUGAGAAUUUGAAUCAGUUGGAGCCAACUUUUAUGUAUACACAGCUGUUCAAGGAAAUUCUCCUUGAUAUCGAAUACGAUGAUAAGGCAAUCAAAGACUUAGCAGUUUGUUGUCGUGAAGCUUUUGCUGGCAACUCAUAUGAAUUGCAAGUGAUUGAUAAAUUUGAACAUGACUAUGAUCCACAAAACGCCAUAUGGUGGUAUACACGUGAGUGUUUUACCUACAAAAUGCUCAAUCAAGCACUUCGAAUGAUGAAUGUCGAUAUCAUCAUUAAUAUGGGCUUCUUCUUACGUGAUGUUCAUAGACAAAUUAAACAGCUGCAUGAACAACAGGUCAGUAGUUAUCGAAGAAAAACUUUUGAAAUUUAUCGAGGACAAGGUCUUAUGAAAUCAGACUUUGAAAAACUUCACAAAGCAAAAGAUGGACUUCUGUCAUUUAACAAUUUCUUGUCUACCAGUAAAGAUAAGAAAAUAUCUCUCGAAUUUUCUGAAGAUGCUUCCAAAAAACCGGACAUGGUUGGCAUUUUCUUUGUGAUGUCCAUUGAUCCUUGUUUGAAAUCAACACCAUUUGCCUCCAUCAAAAAGGAGAGUUAUUUUAAGGAAGAAGAAGAAAUUCUCUUCUCAAUGCACACCGUGUUUCGGGUGAGAGCAAUUAAACAAAUGGACACAAAGAAUCAACUUUAUCAAGUUGAAUUAGAAUUAACAUCGGAUAAUGAUCAACAACUACGAUUACUUACUGAUCGGAUACGAGAAGAAGUAGAUGGUACUGGAUGGAAGAGAUUAGGUAAAUUAUUGCUAACAAUUGGUCAAUUUAAUAAAGCUGAAGAACUUUAUAAUGUACUGCUCGAACAGACAUCUGAGGAGGGUAAAAAAGCGAUUUAUUAUAAUCAGCUGGGGUUUGUUCAUUCGAAUCAAGGUGAUUAUGAAAAAGCUUUUUGGUAUUACAAACAAGCACUUGAAAUCUAUCAAAAAACUCUUCCUGCAAAUCAUCCUUAUUUGGCUACUUCAUACAACAACAUCGGUAGUGUGUAUAAGAACAUGGGAGAGUACUCGAAAGCACUUUCAUAUUAUGAAAAAGCACUUGAAAUUCAACAAAAAACUCUUCCUUCAAAUCAUCCUUUGUUAGCUAUUUCAUACAACAACAUCGGUAGUGUGUAUGACAACAUGGAAGAGUACUCGAAAGCACUUUCAUAUUACCAAAAAGCACUUGAAAUCUUCCAAAAAACUCUUCCUUCAAAUCAUCCUGAUUUGGCUGGUUCAUACCUCAACAUCGGUACCGUGUAUUACAAUAUGAAAGAUUAUUCGAAAGCACUAUCAUAUUAUGAACGUGCUCUGAACAUAUGGCAACAAGCAUUACCUCCAACUCAUCCUAACAUAAAACGUAUGAAAGAGCAUAUUGAAUUUGUAAAAAAGAAUUUAUAA